UAUUAGCUUAGCUGGCCAACAGUGACGUCUGGGCUGUUCAAAAUCUUUCUUCUCUCUUGGUCAAGAAAUUAUUCUCUCGCAGUCGUCAAGAGCUAGCUUCCUUCUACAACAAUGCAGACGACGAGAAGUGUUCAAGUAAAUAAUGUCUCAGAUCUAGCCACGGAGAGGGAGAUUCACGAGUUUUUCUCCUUCUCAGGCGAUAUAGAACACAUUGAAAUCCAAAAGUGCAGAGAAGUUGGCCAGUCUCGAAUCGCAUUUGUUACAUUUACUGACCCCAAAGCCCUUGAAAUUGCCUUGUUAUUAUCGGGUGCGACGAUUGUGGACCAGAUUGUUACAAUAACUCGAGCUGAAAACCAUGUUCAGAGGCGUGAGAUGCAGGAAGUAAGAAUGGUGGACAACGCGAUGCCCCUUGGUCUUCCAGAGAGUACUACACAGACCAAAACUACCGUGGAUGGCAAUAGUAGAGCAUAUGUUAGCAAAGCACAAGAUGUGGUGGCAACUGUUUUGGCAAAAGGUUCUGCUCUUGGACAAGAUGCAGUGAAUAAAGCCAAGGCUUUCGACGAAAAGCAUCAAUUAAGAGCCAAUGCUUCUGCCAAAGUUUCAUCUUUUGACAAGCGAGUUGGGCUUACUGAGAAGUUAACUGUUGGUAUUUCUGCCGUUAACGAGAAAGUAAAAUCUGUUGAUCAAAAGCUUCAGGUCUCCGAUAAAACCAUGGCAGCAAUAUUUGCAGCCGAGAAGAAAUUAAACGACACUGGUUCAGCUGUCAAAUCAAGCAGGUACGUGACUGCUGGAGCUGCUUGGUUUAGUGGUGCUUUUAGUAAAGUGGCGAGAGUAGGUCAGGUUGCUGGCUCAAAAACCAAAGAGAAGUUCAAUCUAGCCGUCUCAAAUAUGAGUUCCAAGGAUACACCGAUUGCUGUAUAAUAAAGAGCUUGGAAUCUAGUAAGCGUUGAAGUCAGGAUCAACGAAAGUUGCUAUGCUGGCCUUGUAAACAAAAUUUUUGUGAUAUAGCGUAUUCUCAUUCUUUUAGUGUUCUUUCAUAUUCUGCGUGUGCUACAUUGUCCUCAAAUUUACUUGAUGUUUCUCGUAAGUACAAGUGUUUCCUUUUUGGAUUUCCCAGUUUCCUACUUAAGGCCUGGCCUUUUAUUGUAUCGUGUUGCAUUGAAGGACA